AGAGAGAGGGAGGGAGGGAGGGAAGGGUUUCCGAAACUUCUGAUAAAUCUCCUCUCCGCUGCGGAUUCUCCGUCAACCGUAACAAAGUACAAAAUAUACAGACCAAAGCUCGUCGGAACUCACUGUGUUCGCUUUUUUGUGAGUGUUUUUUUUUAAUUUCAUACUAUCAUAUAUAAUUUAUAGGAGAAAGUGAAAGGAAAAGUGAGUGAUUGAAGAGAGAUAAGGCAAAGCCUGGCUUUGCAAGAUUAGAUCUGUUCCGGGGAAGGAUGAGCACAAGCAGGGGGAGCGGCGGCGGGAAUGGGGGGGGGGGGCGGUACAGCCCAUUCCUGCGGGGUCGUGGAAGGUGGUGCAGAGCUUGAAGGAGAUAGUUAACUGUUCCGAGGCAGAGAUCUAUGCUACUCUUAAAGAGUGUAAUAUGGACCCUAACGAGGCCGUGAAUCGUCUACUCUCUCAAGAUCCUUUCCGUGAGGUGAAGAGCAAACGAGAAAAGAAAAAGGAGGGUAAAGAUAACUCUGACUCUAGGUCUCGCGGUGCUAAUAAUAGUUCUAAUCGAGGUGGCAAGAGCGGUGCAGAUCGACGUCCUAGCCGUUCUACUUUUUCACCAUAUAGCUCUUCUGAGUCUCCAUUGCAUGGGAAGUCAGCGUAUAAGAAGGAAAAUGGAUCAACUCAUGCAAGUUCUUUAUCGUCAGCACCUGGUAUGACAGGAAAUAAUAGAAGCCGAGGGCCUCCAGGCCUCAGCGAUGGUGCCUCAGCUGAAAGUAAAGGAUUUUUGUUGGAGACGUCUGAUGGUAUGCCAUCUGUUGUACAGCCAGCAUCUGGUCAUCAGUCUGCCUGGGGCGCUCUCCCUGGUCAGGUAUCCAUGGCUGACAUUGUGAGGAUGGGCAGACCACAUAACAAAGCAUCGAGUUCCCAAAAUGCUUCCCGUCACAAUGUCCAGGAUCCUCCCAAGGUUCAUCAGUCAGAAAUGUCUUCAAUUCAGCAUGUUCCCGCCAAUGAUGACUGGCCUUCCAUAGAGAAGCCACUUGCUAGGAAUGUUAUUUCCGUCUCAGAGUAUACUAUUGAUUCUGAGACGCACCCAGAUGCAUCGGAUGUAUCUUUUGACAGUACCAAUCGCCACUCUGAGGCAGAAGAGGUUCAAGAAAAAGAAGAUGAUAACAUCGCAAGUACAGAAUUAAAUGAUGUGGGAUCUGUUUCUAUAUCCAGUAGGAAUAUUCCAGAGGAUGAUUCAAGAGGUGCAUCUUUAUUUGAGAAUGAUUUGUAUAAAGACAUGGGCCCUUAUCAGUCUGAAGCUCAUGAUUUCGAGCGUCAGGAAGAUGAAGAAGUUAGUGCUCCAGUGUCAUCACUUACCAGAAACUUGCAACAACUAAGUGUACAAGAGGAUCAUAGAGGUUUCCCAUUGGAGGGGAAUGCACCUUCUGUGGUAAUUCCAGAUCAUUUGCAAGUCCAAACAGCAGACUGCUCUCACUUGAGCUUUGGGAGUUUUGGAUCUGGCAUGAGUGCUGCAUAUUCUGCUGGGACUGUGACAUCUGUUCCUUUGAAACCUAACUUGGAAGAGGCACAUAGCAAUGCUGAUAUUUCAUCAGUUGGGCGUCCUGACACUAGACAUUCUGAAUAUUAUGUCGAUGAUCCUCUUAAAAAUGCACCUGACAGUAGUUUGUUCCGUGGAACUGGUGGUGGAAGUGCGGGGAAUUAUGAUGCAUCUUCUGCCACACAGCCAGAAGAGUUGAAACCUGAGAGUGCUGAAGUGGCUCAUGAAAAUCAAUAUCCUUUUCCUUCUUCAAAUCCUGGUUAUACCUUUGAUGAUGCCCAACAUUUAAAUGCCGCGUUCAAUCAGACAAGUUCGCAGAUGCAAAAUCUUGCUCCAUUUUCGAACGCUAUGCAGCAUUCAUAUACAAAUUCGCUACCGAGUGCUCUGCUGACCUCAAAUGUUCACCCAACUAGAGAAUCUGAGCUUCAGUAUUCACCAUUUCCUGCGACGCAAUCGAUGUCUACCAAAUAUGCAAACUCUGUCUCCUCCAUCGGCGUUUCAGCAAAUUCUAUGUCAGAGGCCUUGAAGACUGCGGGUUUCUCAUCCACGCAGCCUGCUCCACAGACCCUUUCUGGAACCAGUGUUGCUACUGGACCUCCUCUGCCUCAGCACCUUGCUGUUCAUCCAUAUUCUCAGCCCACCCUUCCGUUGGGACCGUUUGCGAACAUGAUUGGCUACCCUUUCUUGCCUCAGAGCUAUACAUACAUGCCUUCUGCCUUUCAGCAGUCGUUCGCAGGUAGCAGCACAUACCAUCAAUCCCUGGCAGCGGUACUCCCUCAGUAUAAAAGUAGUGUUUCUGUAAGUAGUUUACCUCAGUCUGCUGCUGUUGCAUCUGGAUAUGGUGCUUUUGGUAGUACUGCCACGAUCGCUGGAAAUUACCCGAUGAAUCCCCCUGCUGCCCCUUCUGGAACAACUUUAAGCUAUGAUGAUGUUUUGAGUUCUCAGUACAAGGACAGUAGUCAGUUGCUCUCACUUCAACAGAAUGAGAACUCAGCGAUGUGGCUGCAUGGACCUAAUUCAAGAACAAUGCCAGCGGUUCCAGCCAGCACAUAUUACAAUUAUCAGGGACAAAAUCAGCAACCAGGUGGAUUUAGGCAAGGUCAGCAACAGUCACAGAGUUAUGGGUCCCCAGGAUACCCGAAUUUCUACCAUUCUCAGACUGGUAUCCUGCUCGACCAGCAGCAAAACCCAAGAGAUGGAUCGAUUGCGGGCUCACAAGGGCAGCCAAAGCAGUCCCAGAUUUGGCCUAACAGCUACUAACGACGUCCUGUUUUCUCAGGGGCCUGUAAUGAAUGCGAAAGUUUCCUUUCAAGCCAUACCAGCAGAAUUUGAUUUGAUUUUAUGAUGUUCAAAAUCGAUGACUGGGCAUGGCCGUGUACCUCAAGGUUGUAUGACGUUCUUAUCAUAAGUCGAUGUAACUUAGGAAUUUGGGUACUAAUUUGUGUUGGGGGGGGACAUAUUAUCUUUUCCACUGCACUUCUGAAUUUAGAUCUAUUCCUCUUACUUAGGGAAAGCUUGUUAUGUUAGCUUAAGUAAAAGGUUGAUUGUCUCACCCUGUUUUCACUCUUGCUCUCAACCGAGUCACUGUACCACUAUAUUGUGCAUCUAGGAACAGAUUUUGGUUUA